AUCUCAACCCUCCAUUUUUGACCCAAAAUCUCAGCCACGGUUUGAGACAACACGCUAAAGUCUCUCUCGGCGACUGCUAGCUUUCUUCAUCAGCAAAGAAUUCAGAAUUUAGGGUUUUUGUAGGGUUUCGCGCCAACUGCUAGAUAUCUGAAAAUAUGAGGCCAAUUCUGAUGAAAGGCCAUGAGAGGCCAUUAACUUUUCUUAAAUACAACAGAGAAGGUGAUCUUCUCUUCUCCUGUGCGAAAGACCACACGCCGACAGUUUGGUUUGCCGAUAAUGGCGAGCGGUUGGGGACUUACAGAGGCCACAAUGGUGCUGUUUGGUGUUGUGACGUAUCAAGGGAUUCUACGCGACUUAUAACUGGAAGCGCGGAUCAGACGGCGAAGCUAUGGAAUGUUCAGACUGGAACUCAACUUUACACAUUCAACUUUGGUUCUCCAACUAGAUCUGUGGAUUUUUCUAUUGGUGAUAAGCUUGCAGUUAUCACUACCGAUCCGUUCAUGGAACUUACUUCGGCCAUUCAUGUGAAGCGUAUCGCGAGAGACCCUAGUGACCAAACUGGUGAAUCUGUUCUUACGAUCAAGGGACCUCAAGGUAGAAUUAAUAGAGCUAUCUGGGGGCCCUUGAACAGGACUAUCAUAAGUGCUGGUGAAGACGCAGUAACCCGUGUUUGGGAUACUGAGACAGGAAAGUUGAUUAAUGAAUCAGACAAAGAAAGUGGCCAUCAGAAGACAGUUACAUCCUUGGCAAAAUCUGCAGACUGGUCACACUUCCUCACUGGUUCUUUGGAUAAAUCUGCCAAGCUCUGGGACACCAGAACAUUGACGCUGGUCAAGACAUAUGUGACAGAGCGGCCAGUAAAUGCUGUUGCAAUGUCUCCACUUCUUGAUCAUGUGGUAAUCGGAGGUGGCCAGGAAGCAUCACAUGUCACAACUACUGAUCGUCGUGCUGGGAAAUUUGAGGCCAAAUUCUUUCACAAGAUCCUUCAAGAAGAAAUUGGGGGCGUGAAAGGGCAUUUUGGACCAAUAAAUGCUUUGGCAUUCAAUCCUGAUGGAAGAAGUUUCUCAAGUGGAGGUGAAGAUGGUUAUGUCAGAUUACAUCACUUUGAUCCAGAUUACUUCAAUAUCAAGAUGUAACUCCCAAACAUGCUGACAAGGAUAAUUUUGUUUGUGUUUAGUUCUUAUCUUAUUAGGUUUUCUCCUUUAUUACAUGUUGAAUUAACAGUAUCUAAUUGCAUAUACUUGAUAUCCACAUUAUUAGAUUCUUUUAACAUGUGAUUGAUGCAAUAAGUGUAUGCAUCAUAAUCAUAUAAAGCAUAUAUGGCUGUUUUCUCUUUUGAUACCAGGUGUUAUCUAUUAUUUGACAUUGCUGGGAUAUAUACGUGUAUAUCUAUAAUUUCAAGUUUGAA